UAAGAGGCAGCGGCGCGUCGCGCCCCGAUCCAGACUCGUCCACGGCUCCAGCAGGCUCCAGAGGCUCCAGAGGCUCCAAGGAGCAGCUUGCGGCGGCCACCACCGACCCACCCCAAGUGUGCGAGGCGCGCGAGGGAGGACCGCCAUGCUGAACCUCGCCCCCAUCGCCCUGCUCAUGAGUGGGCUGCUGCUGUGCCUGCUGGUGGGGCCGCUGUCGGCGCAGUCGUGCACGUCGUGCGGCCCCGAGUGCGUCUCGGCCUGCGGGUCGCGGCGCUACCGCACGUGCUGCUUCAACUACCUUCGCAAGCGGCGCUCGCCCAUGGCACCCGGCGCGCCGCCCUCCGAGCAGCUCGACCUGCCCGCCGCGGGGCCCGCCUCGGACGCCCUGCAGGGCCUGCCCGACGACCUCCGCUUGCAGCUCGUCGUCGUCCCCAACGACCAGGAUGGCCAGCAGCAGGAGUUCCCUCCACCCGGCAGCUUGACGCAGAGCCUGCUGCACCGCCUCCUGGAGGCCCAGGCAGUCGAUGCGCAAGGCGGCGAUGGCGGCGGCAGCGUUGAGGGCACCAGCGCCCCCGGAUCAGCCCCCGCGCCGCCGCCCCCGGCUCAGCGGCACAGAAAGUGUCUCACGAAAACCAACCUACACAUCGUGCACUUCAAGCAGACGCGCCUUUAA